AUUUCCAAAUGGGCCAGACAAAUGUUAGUUUCUGUCAUCAGAUAAAUUCCGGCAAGGGAAUUCCUAUCAUCAUGCCAAACUCUACCCAAGGAACCUACGGGGCUGUUCAGCCAGCCACACCGUUGAGCUUGACCCCGACCAAGUGUUCCAACUUCAAAUGCACAAAGAUACCCAUAUUUCAUCCCCCUGUGAUGUCCAGCUGCAAGACAAUUGUCCAAACACUGCUGAAUAAUUCGACCGGAACGUUCAUUGCACCACCAAGUAAGCCGAGCUCAUUAUGAACCAUCUUUCAUUUAAAUCUUCGAUACUGAUAUCAAAGCACCGAUUCGUAGAUACAUGGGUCAUU